AUGCUCAUGGAGACAAAGGACGAGGAUAGAAUACAUGACAGGUCACUGAUAACUCAUGAUGACCUGUUUGACAGGGUGGCCAGGAAGGCCAAGACCAAAGCCACCUUCAACGGAGUGGUGGAUGUCUUCAGUAAGAGGGGAAUAUGGCGUCGAGGUCACGUAGAGUUCAUUUACGCAGCCUUGAAGAAGGUGCCAGAGUUCGGUGUGGAGCGGGACCUUACAGUUUACAACAAGCUGUUGGAUGUUUUCCCCAAGGAGGUGUUUGUGCCCAGGAACUUUAUCCAGUGCAUGUUCAACCACUACCCCCGACACCAGGAGUGCGGGGUGCACCUGCUGGAACAGAUGGAGAACUCUGGUGGUUGGGGGGUGGGGGGCAGUGGUAUGUUAGUGUUUUACAUUUACUGUUUCCCCCACGAUUUGUUUCAGCAGCGGUGGUAUCAUGUUCUGUAUAAUCAGUUCAAGCACGCCAACCCCUUCCCCGUCCCCCUGCAGCUCCCUGGGGACCUUGUUGACUUGGCCAGCCUCAGUCUCAACCGCAUCGUUAACAACCUAUAUUUCAUUUAUCAGUUAUCAUUGGCUAGGUGCAACUCCAGAUGA